AGUCCAGGUCUAUCUUCACCUACCCUGCAUUCUCUGAACAAAGAUGUUGCUUUUUCUUGGAAUGGCUUUUUCUCUGGGAAUUCUAAUUCCUGGGAAAUUCAGCUUGAAACUGCAAUAUGAUGGGGAUCAGGUUUUACAUAUUGUGCCAGAAACACUUCAGCAAGUCCAGCAUCUCCAGCAUCUUUGCAGCACUUUACUGCUGGAUUUGUGGAAGCCCCUGCUACCUGAAGACAUCAGGGCUGGAGAAGACUUGCACAUAAGGGUCCCAGCUCCUUUGGUGCAGGAGGUGAAGGACAGCUUAGAUCAGCAUACGAUCUCUUACAAAAUCCUAAUACAUGACGUGCAGGAACUUGUGGAUCAGAGCACACCAGAAACAAGCAGCCAGAAGCAGAUUCCAGAAAGUUACAGCUAUACCCAAUAUCAUCCAAUGGAAGAGAUUUAUACAUGGAUGGCUCAGAUCCAGAAGAACAACAGUGAGCUGGUGACUCAGCACUACCUGGGGGAGACAGUUGAGAAUCGAACAAUCUAUUACCUGCAAAUCAGUCAACCAUCAGAUAAAACCAAAAAGAUUAUUUGGAUGGACUGUGGGAUUCAUGCCAGGGAGUGGAUCUCACCAGCCUUCUGCCAGUGGUUUGUGAAAGAAAUUCUGCAAAAUUAUGAAUCUGACCCAAAGAUAAGGAAGUUUCUUCAGAAUAUUGACCUCUACAUUCUGCCAGUCCUCAACAUUGAUGGUUAUAUAUAUUCCUGGGAAACAGCUCGUCUGUGGAGGAAAAACCGUUCUCCGCAUAUGAAUGGUACCUGCUAUGGGACAGAUCUGAACCGAAACUUUAAUUCCUCCUGGGGCACUCUCGGUGUUUCUUAUAACUGCAGCAGUGAGAUCUUCUGUGGGACUGGACCAGAAUCGGAACCUGAGACAAGAGCUGUGGUACAGCUCAUUGAAAGGAAAAAGAGUGACAUUUUGUGCUACUUAACAAUUCACUCCUAUGGACAGUACAUCCUCACUCCAUAUGGCUCCACAACUGAACCUCCAAGUAACAAUGAAGAACUGAUGCGUGUUGCGCAGACAGCAGCAGCUGCUCUGACAGAAAAGUAUGGGACCAGUUAUGAAGUGGGACCAACCUCUUUGAUUUUAUACAGUAACUCAGGCUCCUCACGCGACUGGGCUCGUAUGAUUGGCAUUCCUUUCUCCUAUACAUUUGAACUACGAGACAAGGGUACUUAUGGAUUUGUUUUACCUGCUGACCAGAUCCAGCCCACAUGUGAAGAGACCAUGUUGGCUGUGACAGCUAUUAUAGACUAUGUUGAUCAGAAGUACUUCCCAGGUGGGGCUACGAUGUUGACCUCAGGUAGCUUGGGCCUGAGCCUUUGCCUGACUGCUGUACUUACGUUGAUUGUUACUUAAAAACACCUUAGAAAGACCAGCAAGGCAUAAUAUCCCUUUGAAAUGACAGAAGAACAUUAGCAGAACUAAAUGUCAAGUAUCUCAAUAAAAGCUCAUCCCAGAAAA